AUGGCAGACAUCCUCACGCAGCUUCAAACAUGUCUUGAUCAGUUGGCGACCCAGUUCUACGCUACGCUCUGCUAUCUCACUACCUACCAUGACCACUCGCCCGCCAUACCUCCCCCAAACGUCCCAACCGCAAUCCCGCAGCUGAAGAAAAUUCCAAAGAACGCGCCGCCAAACACUCCAGCCGCUCAGCCGGCCUCGGGUCAAGCGCAAGUACAAGACCAAAAAGACCAGACUCCCCAGCAGCAACAGCAACAGCAGCAGCAGCAAGGAGGAGAGGGCUCUGGAGGAGCACAAGAUCAGAACAAGGAUCUCCCACCACGGCCUGAUUCGCCGAAUACAUUUGCCCAGCGACAGAGAGAGCUGGCUAGAGAUUUGAUUAUAAAAGAGCAGCAGAUCGAAUAUCUCAUUAGCGUGCUUCCUGGCAUAGGGAGCAGUGAGGCAGAGCAAGAAGCCAGGAUACGGCAGCUUGCAGAUGAGUUACGGGAGGCGGAAAGGGUACGCAGACGGAAACGGAAGCAGAUGAAGAAACUCGCAGAAAGGGUUGACGAUCUGCUGGAAGCUCGAAACGGAGUAUUUGAAGAAUUGCCAAAGGGGAACCCGAUGGCUGCUGUGUGGUAA